UCCUUUCUCUGCUCCUGUGACAGCAGCACAUUUUCAGGGGACAAACCUGGAGGCUGCCCCCAUGCUGCCUGAGAACUCCAAGAAGAUGAGAGCAGAAGGAGAUAAAUGAAGUUGUUGCUCUAUAAUCUUACGGGGACAAACACAAGGUGACUCACUGCUCAGAAGGAAACUUCAGAUGAGAUCUCUUGCCUGCCUGCGUUGUACCCUGCCACACUCGGUAAUUCCAACACAAAACCAAGGGCCAGUCAAGCCACGUAUGCCAUAACAAGACAGCCAUGGCCAUGGAGCAAGCUGAACAUAACUCAAAUGCCACCGUUAACCCUAACUUUGCUGCAAUCUACAAUCUCCAUGAUGGGGAUUUAACUUCCUUGCGAAACUUCUCCUUCCCUUUCAAUUUCAGCUACAGUGAUUAUGACCUGCCCCUGGACAGUGAAGAUGACAUGACCAAAACCAAAACCUUCUUUGCAGCUAAGAUUGUGAUCGGGGUGGCUCUGGUUGGCAUCAUGCUGGUCUGUGGCAUCGGCAACUUCAUCUUCAUUGCUGCUCUUGCCCGCUACAAGAAGCUGCGAAACCUCACCAACUUGCUGAUUGCCAACCUGGCCAUCUCCGACUUCAUUGUGGCCAUCGUGUGCUGUCCCUUCGAGAUGGACUACUAUGUGGUGAGGCAGCUGUCCUGGGAGCAUGGCCACAUCCUCUGUGCCUCAGUCAACUACCUACGGACAGUCUCCCUCUAUGUUUCUACCAAUGCUCUCCUGGCUAUUGCUGUUGACAGGUAUCUGGCCAUUGUUCACCCACUGAAACCACGCAUGAAUUAUCAAACAGCAACCUUCCUAAUCGCCUUGGUCUGGAUCGUCUCUCUACUUGUAGCUAUCCCAUCUGCAUACUUUGCUACUGAAACAGUGUUAUUUAUAGUGAAAAACCAGAGGAAAAUUUUCUGUGGUCAAAUUUGGCCAAUUGACCAGCAGAUGUACUACAAAUCAUACUUCCUUUUCAUCUUUGGCAUUGAGUUUGUUGCCCCCGUGAUUACGAUGACUUUGUGUUAUGCCAGGAUCUCUCGAGAGCUUUGGUUUAAAACCGUACCAGGAUUUCAGACAGAACAGAUCAGAAAGAGGCUUCGAUGCAGAAGAAAAACUGUUAUGGUACUGAUGUGCAUCCUGACUGCCUAUGUUCUCUGCUGGGCACCUUUCUAUGGCUUCACAAUCGUCCGUGACUUUUUCCCCACCAUCUUUGUGAAAGAGAAGCAUUAUCUUACUGCUUUUUAUAUAGUUCAAUGCAUUGCUAUGAGUAACAGCAUGAUAAACACCAUGUGUUUUGUAACUGUAAAAAAUAACACCAUGAAGUACUUCAAGAAGAUCAUGCUGCUCAGAUGGAGAUCAACAUACAGUGGAAGCAAAUCUAGCACAGAUUUAGACCUGAGAACAAGUGCAAUGCCAGUCACAGAGGAAGUAGACUGCAUAAAACUGAAAUAAUAAAUUUUCUGCCAUUAUAAUCUCACAUAUAUUGGAGAGGGGGUAAAGAGGAAAUAAUGCCUCUUCAGAAGCUUCUCCCUUGUUUGUGGGAAUACCCACCAUUGGUGAGAGUCCUAGAAAAGCAGGUUACUCUGCACUUCCACCAGAACUCUUUUCACUGGACUGCUGUAUAAUUCUGUAACUCAGACUGAUGCUGUGCUUCAGCCAUUUGUAUAUUUGGGAUGUAGACACUCAUUUUAGAGUUGUUUAAAAUUUAAGAUGAACAAAAAAGUUGAAUGCAUUAA